CAUCACUAGUUAAACACUAUUGAAUUUGAAACCAGUAUCCUUUUAUAUUUUUAUUGUGAGUGCUUGCAGAUGUUGACGCACUGAUGCCUGACUGCUUGCUUAGACUAUAAUCACAAACAUUAUUAACAAAAAGACAAGUGACCACCAGUUAAGCAAACCGGAAUCAUGGGUAAUUUUAUGAGCGCCUUGAUCGUGAACGCAAUUGGGGCUACAUUGAUUUAUGGCACCGGUGGACUGGCGUUGGGUAUAGUGGGACCUUGGCUUGGCUUCCAAGGCGUUGGAAUAAUGGCUGGUUCACUGGCUGCAUCUGCCCAGGCUUACUACGGGAACUUAGCUGCUGGCAGCAUCAUUUCCUUGAUGACUGCUGCAUCUAUGGCUGCUGGCAACAAAAUCAUGGGAUUCUUAGCUGCUCUAACAGUGGGCGUGGUCGGUGGGGCCGCCAUCUACUGCACCGGUGGUCUGGCUACAGGACUCGUAGCUCCGAUGCUGGGCUUCGGCAGUGCCGGUAUAGGGGCGGGCACUGUUGCUGCUUCAGCACAAGCCUAUUAUGGCAAUCUGGUAGCUGGCAGUGUCAUUUCGAAGCUGACAGCUGCUGCGAUGGUUGCUCCAACACCCUAGGUCAGCCAGAAAACAUCAUGAACUUGUUUUCGAUAAAUUGAAAAUAAAGCUUCAUUGAAAUAUA